CAUGAGGAGGAUGAGGAUGAGGAUGAGCAGACUCUUAGUGAUGGUUCUACUUGCAAUCAUCUGGUUAUGCCUGUGCCCCCAAGCUGAACUGCGUCCUGAUGCAAUCCGACAGCGGCGAGGCCUCGUCGACAUGGCCAUGACUCUGUGGUGUUACCGCUCCAAAUUGGGAAUCUCCCUCCUCAAGCUCCACAACUAUGGCUGCUAUUGUGGGACAGGGGGCUCAAGUAGGCCUGUUGACCCGGUGGACCAGUGCUGUUUUCUCCAUGACUGCUGCUACUACCACACCAGGGUGAUACUGGGCUGUCACAGCCAGGUUAAGUGGAGUAUGUACAAUUUCACAUGCAAAAGGGCACAGACGGAGUGCAAGGGCCAGACCGUGUGCACCAGGAUGUCAUGUGAAUGCGACAGGGCCUUUGCUGAGUGCUUGUCCCGGGCAAAACCCAGCGACAUGCACUACUUCUACAAGACAAGAUUCUGCAAGGAGAACAAAUCCAUCUGCCCUGACAUCUUCCCCAACUCCUCCACCAUCAUGGAUUGGAUCAAACAAGGCAGUUAAACCCAGGCCAUCUCUGUCACAAGGAAUUAAUGGCAUUCUCCCACAUACUCUGGCAUUUUGUGGCCACGUUUGGAAUUGGAAAUCCGCUUACCUCAUGUGAACCCGGACAGGAUUGCUGCAUCUGCCACAGGCAGGAGACAACUUUGGCAGGGGAGUGAGUACACAGCUACACCAUCCAAACUGACAUUCAUGACUUUGAAAGAGAAACUGCCAGUCAU